AUGCAGCUAGGGAAACGCCUAGGUCAUAAGAAAUCUCGUAACGGGUGCCUUCGGUGUAAGGCCAGACGAGUCAAGUGCGAUGAGCUUCGACCAUGUACAAACUGCGUUCGACACCACGUCGAGUGUAGCCUUGUAACCUCGAGUACCGCAGCUACCAGCGCCUGCUCUCCCCCUUCAGUUCAAACAGCCUCCGUUACAGCAGCUCCUGGUUCAGCUCCUGCUCCGAGUUCCAGCCCGUUAGUCCUGGCCCUCGGUCUUCGGGAACAACCCGGACCCGAACCCGAACCCGAGCGUUACACAUCGACUCACCGUGUGGCUGAUGAGCCAUGGGCAUGUCAAUCGCCAAUCGCAACCCAACAGGACCAUGGUAAUAUAUCCUUUGUUCAAACUAUACUUGUGCAUUUCUCACUUUCCCAGCGUCUGCCCAUUCUACUACAUCGCCGUUCCACCCAACUCCAGGAACCCCAUCGCAACAUCAUGCGCAAGGCUACCCGUGCGCGUGCCAAUGUUCUGCACGAGACUGGAUGCAGAGUCUUCAACUCUUUCACCACUACACCACCUCAGUCUGGAGAUCAUUCGUGA